CUUGCUAGUAAGGGGCCCGGCGACCACGCUCUACUUGCGACUUGCAAUCGGAAAAACGGACCUGACGGUGGGGGGUUUUUGCGAAGAUCAACAAAAGUCACUUCCCUAUCACUCUGCAUGAUGAUGGUCGUUUCUCCCUAGAGCUUUCGCUGUGACCUUUACAUCCCUUCUCACGCUGCCAUUAUCCUGAAAUCCCACCUUCGCGUGCAAGGAGCAACCGCUCUCAGUUUGAAUAAUAAUAAUAUUAUUGCUACUACCUCACCUUCACAACACCCGGUCACCCCUUCUCAUAACCACGCAAUAUAUCUAUCAAAUAGGUACCCUUUGACCCUUAACCUCUACUGCCAUCUUUUUAAAACCGCGUUUACUACCAUGUCUUUAAUAUCGGACGGGGCGGGCGAGACAUGGAUCUCAUCAUACUGCUCGUUAAUGGGCCAUGAAUAUUUUGCAGAGGUCUCUGAAGAAUUCAUCGAAGACGACUUCAACCUGACCGGAUUGGGAGCUCUAGUACCACGGUAUAAGGAGGCUCUAGAGCUUAUUUUGGAUGUGGAGCCUGAUUCGGACGAGGACGAUGAAGAGGACGAAGACGAAUAUGAGGAGGACGAGGAUAUCGUCCUGGGAGAUGAACGGUCUCCAGACUACAAGAAGUCCGAAAGGAGACACAAUCGUGUUGCAAGCGACUUGAGCGUUAUCGAAAGCUCCGGGGAACUGCUAUACGGGCUAAUUCAUCAACGCUACAUAACCUCUCGGCAGGGGAUGCAGCAGAUGUUCGAAAAAUACCAGCUGCAGCAUUUUGGAUCCUGUCCACGAGUCCUCUGCGGCGGGUGCAAGGUUCUACCAGUUGGCCGUUCAGAUAUUCCUGGGAGAGACACAGUGAAGCUAUACUGCCCCAGCUGUCAGGAUAUCUAUACUCCUCCCAACAGCAGAUUCCAGUCCGUUGACGGAGCCUUUUUUGGCACAACUUUCGGGUGUUUAUUCUUCAUGACCUUUCCAGAGCUUGAUGUUGCAGCCAAGGCGGAGUCCGGUGCUAGUGCUUUGGCUGGAGGAGCCAAUGCAAGACGUACUUCUCUCAACAGCCCAUCAGGGUCCACCAUUUCACAGCCUCCAAACCAGCCGAUCCAACUCAAUGGUUUCAAUGUAUCCAACAUCGCUCCAGGUCUAGGUGCUGGCAAAAUAUACGAGCCCCGGAUAUACGGUUUCAAGGUGUCAGAGCGUGCCAAAUCUGGACCAAGGAUGAAGUGGCUGAGGAUGAAACCAGAAGACAUCAACGAACUAGACGAAACGACAAUAUACCAUUCUGGGCGCGCAGGAAAUGGUCCGGGCUGUGACGAAAAUGAAGAAGACCAAGAAGAUAGAGACGCAACCCUGAACGUCAUCAACCAACGUAAGAAGGCACCAAUCCGUCGACGGAGGGUAGUCGCACCGAAUGGCACGGAUCCGAUGGACACGAACGGAGACAAGGCGAGUAAAUAGAAGUAAGUUUAUUUUCCCUGAAAGCAUCCUUUUAUUGCUUGUUAUUAUCAUCAACAAAAUAAUACCUUUUUAACAUGGACUCCAUGCUAAUUUAUAUUUUUUACAGGCAGAAAUAUCCCCUGGCCUCCUCUUGGCGAAUCAUCACCGUUUGAACCCGUUCCCUUUGUGGAGACUGGUAGUUGCUUAUUUUUCAUCACUUCCAAUUUUAUUUGAUACGCGUUCACGCAUUGAGAGAGGAGUUAUAUGUGUUCAAUGCUGCUUUUAUGACCAUGUCAAAUAUGCACGGUAUAGGACAGGUGAAUAUAUCAAGAGAUGGGAGGGAAAAAAC